AUGCACAUUCUCGUCACUAACGACGAUGGCCCGCCUUCAGACCAAUCCUCGCCAUACGUGCAUUCGCUAGUUUCGACCCUCCAAUCUCAUGGUCAUACCGUCUCCGUCGUCCUCCCGCAUACGCAGCGCUCUUGGAUAGGCAAAGCCCAUCUCGUCGGCCACUCUAUCAAGCCAACAUACUUCCGCCCACUACCUCUUCGCAGCGAAAACGGUCGCCUCCUCAAUAGCGGCACGACUCAUACACGUCCUCUUCCUGACUCCUCCACAGACGAAGAAUGGGUUCUCGUCGACAGCACGCCCGCAUCCUGUGUCCAAAUUGGCCUAUUCCAUUAUUUUAAGAGCAGAGGUCCCAUAGACUUGGUCGUGUCGGGACCAAACUAUGGGAGGAACAGCACGGCUGUAUUCAGCUUGAGUAGUGGGACUAUUGGCGGAGCUAUGGAGGCGGCAGUAUGUAAUUACAAGUCCAUUGCGCUCAGUUACGCCUUCUUCGACCGCAACCACGAUGCGGCGAUAAUAUCAGGAGCAUCCGAGCUCUCCGCACGACUCAUACAACACCUCUUCGAUACUUGGAAUCCCGACACACACCUAUACUCGGUUAACGUGCCGCUAGUUGAAAACGUUGGGCAAAAGAAGAUCCUCUGGACAAAUAUGCUGCAAAACGCUUGGAAGUCAGGAUCCUGUUUCCAACCCAUCGAAGUCCCUUCUGAAAGCGACGACUCGCCCUCAGAUAUCGAGGCGCAAAUACGGAAACAGGAAGAAAAGCUAGGCCGGAAGGAGUUGCUUGGUGGCGAAUCGGGCCGUGACAGUGGAAGAGAGACGCCUGUUGGGGGACACAUACGAUACGCACAUAAGCACUUUAAGUGGUCACCGCACUUCAAGGACGUGUAUGAGAGUGUGGAGCAGAGCGAGCCAGGGAACGAUGGGUGGGCGGUUGCACAGGGAUACACGAGCGUAACUCCGCUCAGGGCCAAUUUCAUGCAUACACCUGGUGAUUUUAAGGGAGAGAUCACGCUUGAUAAUGUUGGGAAGGGGAAUGUACCGGAAGAGGUCCCGGCAGAAAAUAAAAAGGCUUAG